UAAAAAAUGUCGACCAAGGCGUGGAGCACCCCUGUUCUGGAGGGUCAGUUGACUUCAACUACAAAUUAUACAAACAAGAAAUUUUAAAAUUGAUCUUAGAGACGGUUAUAAGUGUAAGAAUAUUGAAAAUAGUAGGAAGUUGUGAUAAGACGAGGAAAAUCGAACUGUUUUAUCCUAGAAAGGGCGUAAAUAAUAGAAAUGAAGGCGCGUGAUGGGAUUUCGCUGGUGGGGGCGGACAACAGCUGUUGAUAUGUCACUGACUCCGUCUCCGACGGGUUUUCGCGUUCGUCGUUUGGGCCGCGAGCUCUUCUCCAUCGAAUUGUAACGUCGAAUUGUUCCUUGUUCGCCUUGUUUCUUCUCUUUUUCUCUUUUCUCUAGACGUCCGCUCUGCCCGCAUCUCCGGUCUGAGGAACUAAAGCCGAACGGCUGGAAUGCACUUUUCCAUCCGCCUCUAGCCAGAGGAUCUCUUGGAAUUUCUCGAUCGGAUUCAAUUUCCGACGAAGCGACGCGGUGAAUUUCGUCCGAAGGCCCACCAAGGACUAAAAAGAAAAUGGGUAGUGCUGUCAGCGCUGGCCAUGACCACGAUGACCUCAUUGACAAGUUGAAGAAAGCGGACUACAUCACUACUCCGAUUGUUGAGUCUGCGUUCCGAGCUGUUGACAGAGGGUUUUACUUUUUACCCGAAUGUAUUCAAAAUGCAUACAAGGAUUUGGCAUGGAAGAAUGGAAACAUACAUCUGUCAGCGCCGUGCAUUUACGGCAAGGUACUCGAAAGUCUGAAGCUCGCUCCGGGUUUGAGCUUUCUCAAUCUUGGGUCCGGAACUGGCUAUUUCAGCACAGUCGCCGGCCUCAUACUUGGUCCUUAUGGUGUAAACCAUGGGAUAGAACUUCAUGCUGAUGUCACUGAAUAUGCUUACAAUAAGCUUAGCCAAUUUAAAUCUACAUCACCGGCGCUUGACUGUUUUGAAUUUUGUGAUCCUCAAUUCAUUACAGGAAACAGUUUAUGCAUAAGCAGUGGUUCCCGUCAGUAUGACAGAGUUUAUUGUGGCGCUGCGUGUCCUGAAAACCAUGAAAACUACAUGAAAAAUCUUUUGAAAAUUGGCGGUAUAUUGGUAAUGCCGAUAAAUGAACAGUUAGUACAAAUAACAAGAAAAUCUGAGACUGAAUGGAAUGUAACACACGUUUUGCCAGUGUCGUUCUCCAUACUGCAAACGCCAGAUCCCAACGACACUACUACCAUCAAUUUACCUGAAUUGCACACUUUAUCCCUUCAAGAAAUUUGCCGUGCCUCUAUAAGGGCGAAGUUGAGGAACGAAGCGAAGGAGGAAUUUCCAAAUAUUUUAAUCCGUAAAAGAAAAUAUUACGCUCAGAAAAGGCAAAAGGUGGUUCCAAAUUUGAUAAUCCCAAUUUUACAAAGUUCAGACGAAGAGGAAGAAGAAGAGAGGAGUAUCCUUCUUCCAGGAAGUUAUAGAAGCAUCAGCUCAGUUAUGGAUAUCGCUUCAACAAUGAGCCGACGUUGCUAUAGGAUUGUCUCUCCUGAUUUGGACGUUUUCCACCAGAACGUGGACCACAACCAUGAUUCUGAUGAGGUCGAAGAAGUCGGCGAAUCUUCGCUUGCAGAACGCCGUUCUAAAAUCCCGAAACGGGAAAAGCAAGACAGCGGUGUCGUGCCCGACAUCGACAAUGCCCAGGUUCACAAGGCUUUCUCACCCGAAUCGACCAGCUCUAGUUCAAUUGAUGAGGAAGAUGAAGAAGUCAAAACGGGCAAGCCCUACCGUAACAAAAUUGUCGCUAGUGAUGAUACAGCGACGGCAGAAAACGGUGAAGACGACAAAGAAGAGGAAAGGAUGGAUGUGGAUUCUGACUGCGAUUGUGCAUCUUCACAGAGUUCAAACAAGGAAAAUGAAAAGGAAAUAGAAGAAGAUGGCGAUGUUCCGUUAUACAGUGUAAUAAUGAAAGAAAAGAUUCAAGCUCUUCCUCUACCACCAGCGCUCAAAUCAUUUCUAAAUUAUCACCGCCCAUUUUAAAUAAGAAAAUCUGUGAUUUAAUAACUAAGUCGAAAAAUCAUUUUAAGUAUCUUGCAAAAAAAAAAUAUAUGUGUAUAUAUUGUGUACUAUGUAUUAUUUUUUAUUAUAAAAAUAAUUAUUGGCUGUUCAAACAUAUAUCCCAAAAUAUCAGUCUGUUUAAAAUUAAAGUUCAGAAUAUAAAUAUAAUUAAAAAUUUUAUAUAGUACACUGAAAUAUAUAUAAAUGUUAAAACAACGUUCUUAACAUAUAAUAGCUGCUGCUGACACUGUUGUUUAUUUAAAUUAAAAAUAUAAUGUUUGAAAGUACAUAGAAAUAUAAAUUUUUCCUUGAAAAGGGCAGAAUGAUCUUAUAUCUGUUUUCACAUUAAAAAAAUAAAAAAUAAUAAAAAAAAUAAAUAAACAGGUCAGCAUCGUAUGCUUUGUAAUUAGUACUUAAAACUCAACUAACAUAAAAAAAGUAAUAUACUACCAGAACUUAUGUUUGUAUACCUUGACAUUAAUUAUUCUGAGAUUUUGUCUAUUACUAAGUUUAUGCGAGGCCAACGAUUUUCCAGAAGUUGUGAUCAGUUAAUUGAUGAACAAUGUUAGUUUGUAAAUAAUGUUUAAGUUUGUAAAUAAUAUUUUAAUAAAAUAUACUGCUGUUGGUAUUUGUUAUAGAA